AUUCCUUCAACAACAACAGCUAGUCAGACACCUCGGUAGCGUUCUAGCAUAGCUAACACAUUCACGCUCUUUACACUGUUUUGUUAUAUAUUAGUCGCUGUGUAUUAAUCACAUUUCUGUUGUAUGUACUUGUUGGGCCAUUUAAUUAUAUAUUUACGUUGUUUGUCAGCUAGCUGGUUUGCUAAGUUAGCUUAGAACUAGGCUAGUCGCUAAUGCUAACUAGCUAACAUCCCCGACCAUGAGUUCACUAAGUUACUCUCCUGAUAAAGAAGAGGGGGUCUGCUGGACGGAGAAAGAAACCCUCGUCAAAGAGGAGGACGAAGAGGAGGCUGUUACAAUACAAAAACAAGUAGAGGGUGAGGCUGUUACCGUGAAAGAAAAAGAGAAAGACGUUUCAGUGAAAGAAGAGGAAGACGCGUUCAGAGUGAAAGAGGAAGAGGAUGAUACAGUAAAAGAAGAGAAAGAGGAGGAUUCCGUUUUUGGAGUGAAAGAGGAGGAGGGGGAGAUGACUGUCACAUUGGAGGAAGAAAGGGAGGUUGGAGAUCUGUUUAACACCAGCUUCUUUUUCUUCUUUGGACUUUAUAUGGCAGUUGGCAACCAACUUUAAGGUGCAUUACCACCAUCAACUGGACUGAAGUAUGGACCUCAGUUCAUCUUUCAAUGACCCACAUGGGUAUAUACCAAGACAGGCAUGAAGAGGGCACAACAAAACCUUUUCCCACUCAGGAGAUUUGGCAUGGGUACCCAGAUCCUCAAAAGGUAAUACAGCUGCACCAUUGAGAGCAUCCUGACCGGUUGCCUCAUCGCCUGGAAUGGCAACUGCUCGGCAUCUGACCCUAAGGCGCUACAGAGGGUAGUGUGAACGGCCCAGUACAUCACUGUGGCCAAGCUUCCUGCCAUCCAGGACCUAUAUAAUAGGCGGUGUCAGAGGAAAGCCCACAAAAUUGUCAGAGACUCCAGUCACCCAAGUCAUAGACUGUUUUCUCUGCUACUGCACGGCAAGCGGUACCGGAGCGCCAAGUCUAGGACCAAAAGCUUCCUAAAAUCACCACCGGACAAUUUACAUUGACCUCCCCAUCCUUUUGUGCACAGCUGCUACUUGCUGGUUGUUACCUAUGCAUAAUCACUACGCCCCUACAUUCAUGUACAGAUGACCUCAACUAGCCUGUACCCCCGCACACUGACUCUGUAAAGCAUUUCUUGGUAAAGUCUAAGUUGUUGUCUUGACGGAUUUGUAAAAAACGCUUUGUCAUAAAACCCUAUAUAUAUAUAUUUUUUUAUGUUUCUGACACCCCUCCCCAGAGGUGUCUCAUUAUUGGGAUUCAUUGCUGAUUCCUACCUGUAGCUCACUAUGAGGUGUCUAGUGAUACAGGUUAAGGGCCCUGUUGGAGAUUGGUGGUUGGUAGCGGAGUCGAGGGAACAAGCAGGGUUGGACACGGCCAUGUUAUUAUCCCACACACAGUCUCUGUGGUUCAUAUGAACCCCAUUCCUGGGAAUUAGAUUUGAUUACAAAUCGCCCCUGUCUGUUACCACAGAAGGGUUCAGUCUGUCCCAUUCCCAGCUAGGUUACGAGGCGCUUUGUCGCCAAUACUUAUGACUGGUUGAUAGGGGAAACCUCCACGCUUAUUAUAGAAAAAAUAAUUAGGGGAAACUAUUUAGUAAACUGAAAUAAAAUAACAAACCUGUUUGAAAACUAUUCCAAAACUAUCUUUGACUCCAAAACUAAAAUAGCCUAAAAUAAUAACCAGCAUGAAUUAUGUUCAGUUUGAAUAAUUGAUAAUAUAAAAUAUAAAAUAUAUAAAAAUAUAAUUGUGUUUUAAAUAUCUUUUGAUGUGGUUUUAAAGCUUCUGAACCUGGUGGCUGGUAAAUGCUGCCAUGGGAUGGCAAUGUUUAAAAUAGACUUAGCUUGUGUAUCACUUUCACUUGCCAUCACCAGAAAUACUUUAAGAAAUUAGGAUAUUGAAAACUCCUUUCUAUUUGUAUUAACAGCUUAAAGAAAAUAACGUUGGCAUGAAUUACCCUCUGUGAACAAGAAGGACAACAUUACAAAUAUUUUCAGAGAUGUGAGAUAAUUAACUUGUUCUCUGUAAUAUCGUAUAGCUUUGCAAUCGUAACAUUACGUACUUUAAAGGAAAAUAGGCAUUUCUCGACUCGUACCCUGACUUUAAAAAGGGAUUUUGGUGAGAAUUAGCUUAGGAACUGUGUGUCACAGCAUGGCAAUGUGAACGUGAUUGGUCGACAGUCUCUUGGACGAGCGUUAGCUUUGACAUUUUCUGGAAUAGAUUUGAUUUGAAAACAUUUUUGUUUUCUUGCCUGCCUAUUGAAUUUGGAAUGCACUGUACUGUUCAUCUCUGAAACUCACUGAGAUAAUUCCUUUGAUACAGCAGUAGCAAUACAGGGAUAUAAUAUCUACAGAAAAGGCAGGAAUGCUUAUGGGGGAGGUGUUACUGUAUACAGUGCAUUCGGAAAGUAUUCAGACCCCUUGAUUUUUUUCCCACAUUUUGUUUAAAGCCUUAUUCUAAAAUGGAUUAAAAUCUUUUUUCCACCCUUU